AUGAAUUACAAACUAACCGUCUUUUCUGGUUGUAUAUUUACAGAAAAUCUAUUUAACCUCAAGUUUACAGCAAAACAGCUACAGCGUCAAUCCAAGAAAAGCACCAAGGAUGAGUCUGAUGAAAAGGCAAAGCUUAAAAAGGCGAUCCAACAAGGAAAUAUGGAUGGUGCCCGUAUCUAUGCAGCAAAUGCGAUCCGGAAAAAGAACGAGUCACUCAAUUUGCUGCGACUGUCUUCUCGCAUAGAUGCAGUGGCAUCUCGAGUUCAAACAGCAGUCACCAUGCGUAAAGUCACAUCCUCCAUGGCAGGAGUUGUAAAGGGCAUGGACAAGGCAAUGCAGAGCAUGAAUCUAGAUCAGAUAUCGAUGGUGAUGGAUAAGUUUGAGAAGCAGUUUGAGGAUUUGGAUGUGCAAACAGAAUAUAUGGAGAAUGCCAUGGGACAGACCACAGCACUGACGACACCGCAAGAUCAAGUGGAGGAGUUGAUGCAUCAAGUUGCAGAUGAGAAUGGAUUGGAGUUGCAGAUGGAGAUGCCGGGUGCGGGGGCAGGAUCGCUUGUUGGGACAGCGACAGUUGAGAAGGAACACGAUGCACUUAAUGAACGAUUGGCCAAGCUUCGUAAUGCGUAG